AUGCCGCCUCGCGACCCGCCCGACCAUUUCCACCCCCUCUCUCGACGCUCACUACCCGCACCAUCGCCAACACAACACCCUCUUGGUGUCUCGUUGCCCACUACAGCUCCGGAUUGCAAACAAGCGGACUCGGCAACAUCACAGCGCUUCACCCUUCCACUUGCACCAGUAUCGCAUCAGUGCCGAGCCAGCAGCAUCCUUCAAGGCGCUUACCCGCCUCGCAAUUCGUUCAGUCGUCCCCUUUCUUCUCUGCCAGCCGCAUCUGGACACCAAAAUCCUCAGCACUACGACGAGGCCGUCAGGGAAAGCGACAACAGCAUCAGCAGUGGCAGUAAGACUUGUCCACCAACCUUCUAUCUAGCAACUGCACCUGUCGCACCCUUUCAUCACACACCGGCUCUGUCCACGCCAAGCUCUUCUUUCGCGUCCAUAACCCAGACCAUGAUGGCGGCAGCUCCAAUGGACAGGCUCCCACCUUUGGGUCCAGCUAGUGGCAUGCACAGCCCAUUCUCGAUACCUCACACGCUCUUCGGCAACGACGCAGCCCCUUCUUCCUCCUCCUACUCAAGCUCGCUGCCUCGAUCUCCCCUAGCUUCGUCUUCCGAAUCAAGACCACUUCCUCCUCUGUCCCACGACCCAGGGGCGCCCAAAAACGCUGCAUUGCUCGAUGCGCUCGCCGGUCCGUCCAGCGGUAUGCAACCUUCAUCCUCUUCACACUCGCUCACCGAGACGGACCCCUUCAAUCUCGAUUUGAGCCAGAAUGCCGGCUCCACCCUUUCGGCGAGCGGCAGUUUUGGCGGCAACGGCGCCUACUCGAGCACCAACGGCAACUCCUUCGGUCAGCCUGGCUCAAGUAGCGGCGCAGGCUCUGGCUUCACAGAUCGCAACGGCUCACAGCGCAGCAGCGGAGCAGGCGACGGCAACGAUGCCGGGGGCAACGGAGACGACGGCUCCAAGGACGCCAGCGAAAAGGACAAGGCCAAAAAGACCAAUCCACUCGUCGAUCUGCUCGAGACAGAAGCUGCCUACGUGUCCGAGCUCAGCAAGAUCAUAAAAAAGGUCGCCGCCGCCUGGUCCCGCUCCAACUUCCCACCACCCGAGCUCGACACCAUGUUUCGCAACGUCGAAGCCAUAUACCGAGCCAAUCGCGGCUUUCUCAAGGCACUCAAAGAGAUCGGUCCCAACCCUUCUUCGCCCAAAGCACUCGGCGACUUGCUCAUGAAGUGGAUCGACGACCUCGAGGCGCCCUACACGCGUUUCUGCGAAGGCUACCUCGCCGAUUUUGACGCCUGGUCCACCGUCCAGUCCAAUCCGCGCCUCGCCAAGCUCCUCGAGGAAGUUUCGGGUGCCACAGACGCCGAAGGUCGAGCUGUCGUGUUCAGCGAUCGAAAGCGCGACCCAACCGAGCUGUGGACGCUCGAUGCACUCUUUGCGCUCCCGCACAUCCGUCUCAAGUACUACAAGAAGCUCUACUCGCGCCUUCUGAAAAGCACCCAGCCGGGAAGAAGCGAUCACCGACUGCUUGUCGGCGCCAACGAGAAGCUCGACGAGCUCGUCGACAAAUCCAGACGAAGACUUGCCGUCUCGGUGCUUGACGAGGCUGCAGGCCGCGAGUCGCGCGACAGCUCCUUCGCCGAGAGCAACGUCACGAGCGAAAACUCGCCGCGCGACCGUGUCUCCUCUGCCACUUCCGCGUCCGAGUCGCAAUCGCCCAGUGUGCAGCCUGUUCAGAGCUUCGGCAACAAGUCUUCUCCCCCUCGCAUCUCAGCGGCAGAACCCAGCAAUGGUGCAAGCACCGGCUCUGCCGCCUCUACCGUCCGCGCUCCUACACCCGCAGGCAUUCCUCUGCUAGGCGCGCCACCCACUGCUCAGCUCAACGGCCUCAGCCUCGAUCAGCCCACCCUCACGUCUUCGCGGCCCGAUCUGAUUCGCGGCAAUUCCGAGGUGGCCAGCGUCCACGACAGCGUCUCGCAGACCGCUACCGACACAGCCACAUCCUCGCGCACCAAUUCGCUCUCGCAGCCCAUCGAGCUGCUCGAGAAGCGUCUCGACACGUCCAGGACGCUCGACAUCUUUACCAUGAAGCCCAAGAAGUGUCAGCUACAGAUGAACCCGCCCGGCAUCCCCUUUGCCCGCUCCAUGCGCAAGUCGGCCGACGUCGUGAUCCACUUUACCCCCUCCAGCGGUGGGCCCGAGGUCACGAUUCGAAGGGCGCACAUGUUCUUGCUCACCGACCUCUUCCUGGUCUGCGAGCGCAUGACGCCGAGCGAGAAGGCCGAGCUCUCCAGUGGCGGCGUGGGUCCUGACAUGUGGCUCCUGUACCCACCUCUAGCCGGCAAGCAUCUGCGUGUCGCUGAUAUGGGCGGCCAAGGCAAUGUGCUGUCGAUCACCAUCCUGAAGAAGGAAAGGCUCAUCGUGCACACCGACUCUCGAGAAGCCAAGGAGAGUUGGCUGGAGCAUUUUGCCGAUUGCCAAAAGUUUGCAGCCAACAUGGGGCUCAAGCUCAAGACGGGCGCCAGCACGAUGGCCGCACCUCCUGCAGGUGGCAGUGUCGCGUCGGGUGCCACGCUAGCAUCCGGAGCGCCCAGUCUCACCACACCCGCGCUCUCACCCGCCAUUUCGAUCACACCGUCUUCUCUCAAUGGACACGACGAGGCAGGGCAUGCGAGUUCGGCACCCUUCAGCCUCGAAGCAGACAACUCGCCUGUCAUCGGCUCGGAUCUGUCCCGGCAAGCCUCGUUCAACUCGGUCGCGUCAUUCCCCAAGGUACCUGCGCUUGGCUCACCGGAUCUCGGCAUCUUGCCGCACGGCAGCCAUCCGGGAUUCUCGUCCCGGGCGCCUUCGCCUUCGCAGUUUGGACCGGGCAGCGGACCGGGUGGACCUCGUGGACCACCCAUGGCGCGUCCCGGUAUGAUGUCGCCCACCAGUGGCACGCUCUCGCCCGACACGAGUCCGGCGUUUGGACCUGCACGGUAUGGUCCGGGCGGCUUUGGGCCGAAUGGACCCUCGGGCAUGGGACGACCGCCGCUGAUGCAGGAUCCCAACAUGCCGCCUCGCUCGCCAGGCGGUAUGCGAGGACCUGGUGGAACUGGAGGACCUGGAGGACCCGGUGGGCCGGGGGGACCGAUGCAAUUCCCACGUGGAGGGCCGAGUCCGAUCCCCGGUCAGAGGCCAGGUGGCGGUCCAGGCAGCAGUCCUGGCUUUGGUCCGAUGCACGUGCGGCCAGGAAUGGGACCGCCACCUCCGCCUGGCAUGGGACCUGGUGGACCUGCCUUCAUGAACGGCGCUCCCCGAUCGCCCAUGGGACGACCGCCUCCGGGAGGUGUAUCGUGGGCGCCCGGACCGCCUCGUCCACCUCCCAACGGUAUGGGAACACGCGAAGCCAUGCGUCGACCUUCUGCACCGAAUCUGCGCCAGCCAUCGCACAGCUCGUCUGGGGAUGGACGCACCUCGGACGAAGUCGAGGGCGGCGGGCGAUCGUUCAUCCGCACGCGAUCCGUGUCCAGCACCGGCUCUUCUGCGCCCAAACUUCCUUCCGCCAUGAUGAAGGAGGGACGCGAACGUGGCGAACGUGGCACGGACGUUUCGCCACCUUCGAGCCCGGUUCAGAAGCGACAGGGACCGUUCCGAAGCACCGUGUCUGCGCAGAUGCGCUGCAAGCUGUUCCUCAAGCAGUCACACGCGCAGUGGAAGUCGUUGGGAAACGCACGGUUGAAGCUGUUCCACAUCCUGCCGGAUGACAUCAGGCAGUUGGUGGUGGAGAACGAUCGCAAGACGCUCAUCUCGACGAUCGUGCUGACGGACGGCGUGGAGCGUGUGGGCAAGGUGGGAGUGGCGGUCGAGUUGAGCGAUCAGGGCAACAGGACGGGGAUUAUUUACAUGCUGCAGAUGCGCAGUGAGGAGUCGGCCAGUGGACUGUUCGGUCAGCUGUUGGAGGGAAGCGAUCGUACGGCGGCGGCGAUUUCCAUGGGCGGCAGUUUGGCCUGA